ACAGCUGCAGAACCAACAACAACUACAGCAGCACCAACAACCACCACAGCAACUCCAACUUCAUCCACAACAGCUCCAUCCACAACUACAGCAGGAACAACAACAACCACAGCUGCUCCAACCACAACAACUGCAGAACCAACAACAACUACAGCAGCACCAACAACCACCAAAGAAACUCCAACUACAUCCACAUCAGCUCCAACAACAACUGAAACAGCUCCACCCACAACUACAGCAGGAACAACAACCACAGCAGCUCCAACCACAUCACCUGAUGCACCAACAACAACUACAGCUUCUCCAACCACAACAUCAGCAGCUCCAACAUCAACUGAAACACCAACAACCACCACAGCAGCUCCAACCACAACAACAGCUGCUCCAACCACAUCCACAGCAGCCGCAACCACAACUGAAGCACCAACAACUCCAGCAACUCCAGCCACAUCCACAGCAUCUCAAACUACAACCAUAGCACCUCCAACAACAAGCUCUAAAACACCAACAACAACCCCAGCAGAUUCAACAACAGAAGAAUCAACGACUACAGCAGCUCCGACCACAACAUCAGCAGCUCCAACAUCAACGGAAACACCAACAACCACCACAGCAGCUCCAACCACAACAUUAGCAGCUCCAACCACAACUACAGCAGCACCAACAACCACCACAGCAACUCCAACCUCAUCCACAACAGCUGCAUCCACAACUACAGCUGGAACAACAACAACAACAGCUCCAACCACAACAACUGCAGAACCAACAACAACCAAGGCAGAUCAAACCACAACAACUGAAGCGCUAACCACAACCACAGCAGCUCCAACCACAACUACAGCUGCACCAACAACUACAACAGCUCCAACCACAACAGCUCCAACAACAGCUCCCACUACAUCAGCAGCUCCAACAUCAACUGAAACACCAACUACAACAUCAGCAGCUCCAACCACAACAUCAGCAGCACCAACAACCACCACAGCAACUCCAACUUCAUCCACAACAGCUCCAUCCACAACUACAGCAGGAACAACAACAACCACAGCUGCUCCAACCACAACAACUGCAGAACCAACAACAACUACAGCAGCACCAACAACCACCAAAGAAACUCCAACUACAUCCACAUCAGCUCCAACAACAACUGAAACAGCUCCACCCACAACUACAGCAGGAACAACAACCACCAAAGCAACAGCUACAACCACAUCACCUGAUGCACCAACAACAACUACAGCUUCUCCAACCACAACAUCAGCAGCUCCAAAAACAACUGAAACACCAACUACAACAUCAGCAGCUCCAACCACAUCAGCAGCGGCUCCCACAACAACUGGAGAACCAACAACAACAGCGUCUCCAACCACUGUAGCCCCAACCACAUCAACUGAAGCUCGUACAACAACCAGAUCAGCUCCAACCACAACAUCAGCAGCUCCAACCACAACUACUGCAGCACCAACAACCACCACAGCAACUCCAACCUCGUCCACAACAGCUCCAUCCACAACUACAGCAGGAACAACAACAACCACAGCUGCUCCAACCACAACAACUUCAGAACCAACAACAACUACAGCAGCACCAACAACCACCAAAGCAACUCCAACUACAUCCACAUCAGCUCCAACAACAACUGAAACAGCUCCACCCACAACUACAGCAGCAACAACAACCACAGCAGCUCCAACCACAUCACCUGAUGCACCAACAACAACUACAGCUUCUCCAACCACAACAUCAGCAGCUCCAACAUCAACUGAAACACCAACAACCACCACAGCAGCUCCAACCACAACAACAGCUGCUCCAACCACAUCCACAGCAGCCGCAACCACAACUGAAGCACCAACAACUCCAGCAACUCCAGCCACAUCCACAGCAUCUCAAACUACAACCAUAGCACCUCCAACAACAAGCUCUAAAACACCAACAACAACCCCAGCAGAUUCAACAACAGAAGAAUCAACGACUACAGCAGCUCCGACCACAACAUCAGCAGCUCCAACAUCAACGGAAACACCAACAACCACCACAGCAGCUCCAACCACAACAUUAGCAGCUCCAACCACAACUACAGCAGCACCAACAACCACCACAGCAACUCCAACCUCAUCCACAACAGCUGCAUCCACAACUACAGUUGGAACAACAACAACAACAGCUCCAACCACAACAACUGCAGAACCAACAACAACCAAGGCAGAUCAAACCACAACAACUGAAGCGCUAACCACAACCACAGCAGCUCCAACCACAACUACAGCUGCACCAACAACUACAACAGCUCCAACCACAACAGCUCCAACAACAGCUCCCACUACAUCAGCAGCUCCAACAUCAACUGAAACACCAACUACAACAUCAGCAGCUCCAACCACAACAUCAGCAGCACCAACAACCACCACAGCAACUCCAACUUCAUCCACAACAGCUCCAUCCACAACUACAGCAGGAACAACAACAACCACAGCUGCUCCAACCACAACAACUGCAGAACCAACUGAAACACCAACUACAACAUCAGCAGCUCCAACCACAACAACAGCUGCUCCAACCACAUCCACAGCAGCCGCAACCACAACUGAAGCACCAACAGCUACAGCAACUCCAGCCACAUCCACAGCAUCUCAAACUACAACCAUAACAUCUCCAACUACAACCAUAGCAUCUCCAACAACAACCACAGCAGCUCCAAAAACAACUGAAACACCAACUACAACAUCAGCAGCUCCAACCACAACAACAGCUGCUCCAACCACAUCCACAGCAGCCGCAACCACAACUGAAGCACCAACAGCUACAGCAACUCCAGCCACAUCCACAGCAUCUCAAACUACAACCAUAACAUCUCCAACUACAACCAUAACAUCUCCAACAACAACCACAGCAGCUCCAACAACAACUACUCGUACAACAACAACAUCAGCUCCAACCACAACUACAGCAGGAACAACAACAACCACAGCUGCUCCAACCACAACAACUGCAGAACCAACAACAACUACAGCAGCACCAACAACAACUACAGCAGCACCAACAACCACCACAGCAACUCCAACUUCAUCCACAUCAGCUCCAUCCACAACUACAGCAGGAACAACAACCACAGCUGCUCCAACCACAACAACUGCAGAACCAACAACAACUACAGCAGCACCAACAACCACCACAGCAACUCCAACUACAACAACAACAGCUCCAACAACAACUGAAACAGCUCCACCCACAACGACAGCAGGAACAACAACCACAGCAGCUACAACCACAUCACCUGAUGCACCAACAACAACUACAGCUUCUCCAACCACAACAUCAGCAGCUCCAAAAACAACUGAAACACCAACUACAACAUCAGCAGCUCCAACCACAUCAGCAGCGGCUCCCACAACAACUGGAGAACCAACAACAACAGCGUCUCCAACCACUGUAGCCCCAACCACAUCAACUGAAGCUCGUACAACAACCAGAUCAGCUCCAACCACAACAUCAGCAGCUCCAACCACAACUACUGCAGCACCAACAACCACCACAGCAACUCCAACCUCGUCCACAACAGCUCCAUCCACAACUACAGCAGGAACAACAACAACCACAGCUGCUCCAACCACAACAACUUCAGAACCAACAACAACUACAGCAGCACCAACAACCACCAAAGCAACUCCAACUACAUCCACAUCAGCUCCAACAACAACUGAAACAGCUCCACCCACAACUACAGCAGCAACAACAACCACAGCAGCUCCAACCACAUCACCUGAUGCACCAACAACAACUACAGCUUCUCCAACCACAACAACAGCUGCUCCAAAAACAACUGAAACACCAACUACAACAUCAGCAGCUCCAUCCACAACAACAGCUGCUCCAACCACAUCCACAGCAGCCGCAACCACAACUGAAGCACCAACAGCUACAGCAACUCCAGCCACAUCCACAGCAUCUCAAACUACAACCAUAACAUCUCCAACUACAACCAUAGCAUCUCCAACAACAACCACAGCAGCUCCAAAAACAACUGAAACACCAACUACAACAUCAGCAGCUCCAACCACAACAACAGCUGCUCCAACCACAUCCACAGCAGCCGCAACCACAACUGAAGCACCAACAGCUACAGCAACUCCAGCCACAUCCACAGCAUCUCAAACUACAACCAUAACAUCUCCAACUACAACCAUAGCAUCUCCAUCAACAACCACAGCAGCUCCAACAACAACUAGAUCAGCUCCAAUCAUAUCCACAGCGGCUCCCACAACAACUGGAGAACCAACAACAACAGCGUCUCCAACCACUGUAGCCCCAACCACAUCAAUUGAAGCUCGUACAACAACCACAUCAGCUCCAACCACAACAUCAGCAGCUCCAACCACAACUACUGCAGCACCAACAACCCCCACAGCAGCUCCAACCACAUCAGCAGCUCCAACCACAUCAGCAGCUCCAACCACAACUACUGCAGCACCAACAACCACCACAGCAACUCCAACCUCAUCCACAGCAGCUCCAACAACAACUAGAUCAGCUCCAAUCAUAUCCACAGCGGCUCCCACAACAACUGGAGAACCAACAACAACAGCGUCUCCAACUACUGUUGCCCCAACCACAUCAAUUGAAGCUCGUACAACAACCACAUCAGCUCCAACCACAACAUCAGCAGCUCCAACCACAACUACUGCAGCACCAACAACCACCACAGCAACUCCAACUUCAUCCACAGCAGCUCCGACCACAAAAACUGCAGAACCAACAACAACCAAGACAGAUCAAACCACAACAACUGAAGCGCCAACAACCACCACAGAAACUCCAACAUCAACUGAAACACAAACAACCACCACAGCAGCUCCAACCAAAACAACUGAAGCACCAACAAUUACAACAGCUCCAACCACAACAUCAGCAGCACCAACAACCACCACAGCAACUCCAACUUCAUCCACAACAGCUCCAUCCACAUCUACAGCAGGAACAACAACAACCACAGCUGCUCCAACCACAACAACUGCAGAACCAACAACAACUACAGCAGCACCAACAACCACCAAAGAAACUCCAACUACAUCCACAUCAGCUCCAACAACAACUGAAACAGCUACACCCACAACUACAGCAGCUCCAACCACAUCAACUGAAGCACCAACAACUACAGCAACUCCAGCCACAUCCACAGCAUCUCAAACUACAACCAUAGCAGCUCCAACAACAAGCUCUAGAACACCAACAACAACCCCAGCAGAUUCAACCACAACAGAAGAAUCAACGACUACAGCAAUUCCAACUUCAUCCACAGCUGCUCCAACCACAACAUCAGCAGAACCAACAACAACUACAGCAGCACCAAGAACCACCAUAGCAUCUCCAACAACAGCCACAGCUGCUCUAACCACAGCAACAGCGCCAACAACAACCACUGCAGCUCCAAUUACAACCACUGUGGCGAUAACGAAAAGCACACCUGCUCAAAACACAACUACAACAGCUCCAAUAACAAACCCAGCUACUCCAACAAACGCACCAACUUCAACUACUAUAGCAGGAGAAACUACAUCUACACACCCUCCAAAUGCAUGUGCUUCAAAUCCAUGCCUCGGUGGAAGCACCUGUGAGGAACGUGAUGACCACACCUAUGUGUGUUUGUGUGCAGCUGGAGAAGUUUACGGUCCUCAAGGCUGUCAAAAGGACUGGUGGUUGAUCUUUGUCAUCGUUUCGUCUAUCUUCGGAUGCCUCCUCUUCAUCACGUUGAUUGCUCUGCUGCUGGUAGUAAAAAAAUUCAAGAAGAAACUCUUCAAGAACAGAGAGAAAGACAUUUGGAAACCCUUUCAAGUUCCUUCCUUUUCCAAAGCCCCACCAUCCUAUAGCAGCAGUGAUAGCUUUUUCACCUGGGUCAGGGAAUCAGCCAACAGCCCAGGAAAUUCUGGGGUCCCACGAAUCCCGCGGGCCAAACUCAGUGCCAAUUGGGACAGCAGGCCCAGCUCUGAGUUGACUCCGACUAACAGCCAACAAAGCUUGAUUCCUUCGGGGAUGAACUCGCGAUUCAGCUACAGCCAAGACAACAUGUUUUCAUUCUCCCAGAGUCCACCCAGGAACAUCCCCUAAGAGGAGGCCAAGCCAGAAAUAGCCCUUAUCACCAGGUCCGAGCCACAAACCCUUACGCCAAGACCCGAGGCCAGACCUUGUUUAGUAAUAACCUAAUAAUGAAAAGGUACAUUCAAUCACUUCACGGAUUCAAAUAUUAAUAUUUUUCCAAAAAUCCUCUAUUUCAUUAGGACCCCACUAAUGCAAAUGUUGCCAACAGGAGCAUAACAUCCGAAAUGUGCAAUGUAAUGUAGCAGAAAUCGUUGUAUCAUUUGUUCCUUUACUGCUUUAGCUUCUCUUUUUGACUAAGCCUGUCGCAAUAAGCAUUUAAUCGCAUGAUAAAUUAAUAUGAGCAUAAUCAUUUCCAUUCUGAUGUUUGAUAUUUUUUGACAGGAAAUUGUGUUUACAGAGACUUCAUAAUGCAUUUUAUAAAGUCUCAAGUCUCAACCACACUCAACGGUUUCCAUUGAAUGUUGUUUUUGUUUCCUUUAUAUUUAUUGAUUUUGGUUGUAUUAUAUUUUAGAUAUUUAAAAUGUCUCCCAGUUCCAGUGUGGAGUGUUCUGGUCAAAAUGAAACUUCAUUAGCUGUUGAGAAGGCAAACUUACACUGUUAUGCCCUUACAAAUAUAGUACUUGAAAAUAUUCUUAAGACAACAAUAUUUUCGUUUCUUGGAAUAAUUUCCGGGACGAUUUAUCAUUCAGUAAGAUUUACUAUUAUGUUCUUGCAUUAUCAUACCGUUACUAUAUUUAUCAUCAUCAUGACAAUUUAUUGUCCAGACAGGCUUAUGUGUGACUUCUGCCCUGUCAAGCUGCCAUAAAGCAGUCUGUCUUUUAUUGUCAAAAUCAUAAAAUUUGGUUAAUAAUUCCAACAUUGUGAGUCACUCAACCUCUCAGCUCUGUAUGUUAACCGAACAUAAUAAAUGCAUAAUUUAUUUAGUAUUUACUCUCACUGAGCAAAAGCUGAUGAGGAGCUCUUGCCCAGUUUUUUGCUCAUUUGUUCAUCUAUGAAUUUACUAAAAUUAUUAUUUUUGUUGUAGGUAUUUUAGGUUUAAUUUUAUUCUCGGUGGUAUAUUUAGCUAAGUUUUGGUAAAUGAGAUGAGCUGAAUAUUGCUCUAAAUCAGAAAAUGCGAACAUUUUCAGCACUUUUCAAUGUGCUUUGUUUAAAAUUAAAAUCUAUAAUUCAAACAGUUCAGAGUAUUUUAACAGUUUAUAUAUUUAUUGUUUCCAUAUUUACUUGUUUAUUUAACACAAUACCAUUGCAACUGUAAAGUUUCGAUUGCCGGUUUUUGAGUCUCACAAGUUUUAUAAGGGUGAUUUUGCUGUGAUGUACUCAUUAAUGUUUAUAUUUUUAUACUUAUAUACAGUUUAGAUCAAAAAUUUGCAAACUCACCAUGAAAAAACUGUUAUAUUCAAUAAAUGUAAGAAAAAAUUGGUUAUUUUAGCAACUCAAUUCACAUUGAAAAAGUCUAUACUUUUGUUAAUUAUAAUUUUCGGUUUGUUUCAAAUGUAACAUGACAUUUAACACCGAACAGUUAAAAACAUCUAUGUGCACAAUGAGUGUGUUUAAUGUUUAAUAUUUACUUGAAGAUUAUUAUUUGUAAAAGGCACAUUUAAUCUCAUUUGUUGAAAAGGACUGUGACUUGUGCUAAAUUUGGGUUUAUAUUAAUGCA